CGUCCAACCCCGGAACCAAGACAAGACAGUUUCGCUCAGCAUGAACGGAUACAUUCGUGGCAAAGCGUCCUUUAAGCAUCUUUCUUUUGUUACCGUGUGCCUUGCAGAGGCAUGUUGGGCUCUACUGCUAAUGGUCGUUUAAUGGGCCCUGGUGUUGGUUCAUCAACGUCGUCGUCAUCGUCGUCGUCGUCACUAUCUGCCGCUGCCGCACUGCAACAGCAGCAGCAACACACGCCGCCACAGCAACACCAGCUUGCCCACCAUCCGUAUUCGGCCCUGCCGUCACACCACCAUCACCACCAUCCGCUGCAGCCACAGCAUCCUGCACUCGCUGCCCACCAUCAUCAUCGGAGCAUAUGGCCAUCGUUAGGUGCAGCCACCGGCAGAUCUGCAUUCGAGCUACAAACCGCAACCAAUGGCGAAGUGACAGAAUCACUUUUUGCCGCCGGAGGAUAUAAUACACCACCCGCCAGCUCACCAUUUCUCCCGUGCUCUCCAUUGGAGCUUGUGGCCAAAAAUUUUCACAGCACCGGAGCUGCCCUAUCCUUCAGUCAGGCUAACAGCAGCAUCUUCGUGCAGUCGCAAACCGAUUUCAUCAAUGGCACAACAGCGGUCGCGAAGAAAACCGAAACCUGCAUCGGACGGUGGGAGCACGGCCACAUAGAACCACUGCAGAUUCAGGUACCAUCGAACUCAUUUCUGCCAACCGGUACCACCACCGGCAGCUUCGCACUCAAUUCUCCAGAGAGCGCUAGUUCCGGCGAACGGUUGCCAGUUGGUGACCUCCCUCACCCGUCGUAUCGCACAUUGAAGGCAGACGAAAACGGCAACCAUUACGACGCGUUCCUUCGCAGCUACUGCAUCGAGCGUGAGUUUCAUCACCACGAACAGUUGCGGGCGUCGCUUGGCACGGACGGUUGCAAGCCUAAACUCCACCUUCCACCCAUCGACGAUGCGAAGCUCCACCGUCGGGAGCAUUCGGAACGGUCGUCCACCUUCGCGACCCGUUUCGAUUCGACGGCUCUGCUGAGUCCGACCUCACCCACCACAACGCCACCGUACGAGUACGGCAAGCUGAAGCGCAAGCUACACUCGCUUCUGCUCGAAACGGGCCAUCACGUACCGGUCGCGUCGACCGUUAUCGAUGAUCGAUCGCCAACGGGGCUUCUGCAGACGUCACACACUCCACGGCAACCGGCUUCCGGUCCGGACCAGCGGUACCUUGAAGCAACACCAGCGCCGGAACUGACGAGCGCACAGCAACCUGCCACCGGUGGGCGGCAGCAGUGUGAAACGGCCGCAUACAACGCCAUCACCACACCGUCGCCAGCACCGGCACGUGAACCAACAGCGCCAUCGAGCGAAGCCGUCAAUCAUAGACCACGGCGCCGUUGGGCAGCAUUACAUUCGGCACACGCCAAAGCGAACGGUCACGGCAACGAGAACCGUGUACCGACGCCACCCCGUUCUGGCGCUGCCGCUGUAGAAGCAGCACCGUCAAACGAGUCGUCCGGCGGUACCACUUACCGGCCCAAGUCACCGGGACAGCAGCAGUCCGCAGCUCUGCGGGCGGUGCAACGUCUUCCGAAGAAACGACGCUCGAUAAGAGUCGAUCGGGUUGAGGACUCUGCCACGGUCCACCGUGACACGGACAGCAAAACCGUUGUUCACAUCAAACGUGAACCGUGUCAGGUGUCGGAAGUGACGACAUCGAACAGCUUCGAAGCGACCACCAACACGACGGCCCUGAAUGCCAUCAUAAAGAUCGAAGCAUCGUCACCGAAGGCCUUGACGGCUGCCGGUAGCACCAACGGCACCGGCAGUGCCCCGAAUUUCUCCAGCAACUCGGCAGUCGCUAGAGGCAACCUGCUGACCAGCGCCAGCACCAUCAUCAGCAACGUUACCGUGGGUGGCAGCAGUGGUACCACCGUCAGUUCGAACAUCGGCACCAGCGGCGGAGGUGCCAGCGCCGGCUCGAGCACCGUCGCCACCACGAUGGAACAACUCGGGCUAGCGUCGGCCACCAACAGUCAUCAUUCGGCAGCGCAACAACAGCCCGGCACGACGACGACCGCUGCCUCAUCGGCCGCCUCCAUUCCAGUGGGCAUUGCGGUCGCCCGCCAACGGCUGCAAGAAAGUUCGGCCACACCCGCGCCCCAGCUGCACCAAGGCAAGGAGCUGAAUCGGUACGGCUUAGGGCUGGCGGCUGCUGCAGCCGCGGCCGCGAAUGGUGGCUCCCUGAAUGGUACUGUCGGUACGACGGCUGAUUUGGGCUGCGCAACGCCCGGACUAAGCCAGAACAUGUUUUUCACCGGCACCAACUCCACCAUGAUCCCCCUCGCACCGGACGCGGUUACGAUGGGCGUGACCAAUGCGGCGGUUCAAAACGCCGUCCGCACACCACCCGCCCUCUGGCAGUAUCCUGCUCCCGUCCCCAUGGAAUCGAUGCUACCAAUGCCCCCGAUACCACCGCCCGUUGGGUUCCAGCUGGUGCGUGAUCCCACCACCGGACAGAUUCUGUUCCUUCCAGCGGCGGCGACAAUCGCCAAUCCGUCAAACCUGCUAGAUAAAAUCUAUAUUUCUUGUAUAGAACCAUUCCAACAAGCGGUCGUGUGGCCGUCGUAUCCGCAAUCGACCGCAUCACUGCAGUCCCAGCAUCUGCUGCUGCCGCAACUUCCGCCCCAACAGCUCCAGCCGCCACCAUUGGCCCCGUUGCAGAUGCUAAGCUCGGACUAUCUGAGCACGGCCAGCACUACGCUCCAUCAGCAACACACGCAAACGCACCACAGUACACGAUACCUAGCGCUGACGUCCGAAUCGAAUGGCAAAAGAUCGUCCAUCGCAAGCGGAAAGCAAUCGCAAACCACGUCGGGAUCGAGUAGUUCGGGACCGGCCAGUACCUGCGGUCAGCCCACGAUUCCACUUCCAAUUCCCGCUUCGCAUACGUUCAUCAAGAUCGAAGAUUGCUCCACUAGCGCGGGACUCUCCGCAGCCAUGGGAGCAUCCACCGGUUCGACCCACCUGACGACGUCGCUGUUCGGUUCGCUGAGUGAUGUAGAUAAGUCAAACCAAUCGACUGCAUCUGCCCCAAACUCACUGGCGAACGGAGCAGGACCUCAUUCACAUCUUGCACUACCGGCGGCCAGUGAUCUUACGCCGCAUCUGCUAUUUCAACCGGCCAACCUAAUACACAUCGCACCGCACCAUCCUGCCAAGUCCCAUUCCACCGGACACACGCUUCUGGAAGCAUCGUCUGGAGCCGGUGGAACGCUCACUACUUCCGUUGCAAACCCGACGCCACCACCGUCGGCCCUGCCUACGACCGUAACAACGGCCCUGUUAAGCGGAUUGAGUCAAUCGGCAAAUGCUAGCAACGCUCCUCCUCCGUUGGUAGCUACGACGGUUUCUGCUACGACCUGUCUAACGCCUCCACCGGACACUACAUCCACCAUGCACUCUCAGACCGACGCUGCCGACGGUGCGUCCGUGGCGGUGCCUGAAGUAAUCGAACCUCCGGAGGUACAGGACGCCAACAUACAGACGGAUACACCCAUCAUGAGCGAGGACGAGAGUACGCAGCCACCCGGUGGUACGGAUACGGAAACGACCAUCACCGAAGCGGCAGCUAUCCUAUCCACGGAAGCGACCCUGGCGUCUGCUUACCAAACGCUAGCAAGCGAACAACCUCUGUGCCAUAGUACGCUUAUUAACAGUAGUGGCGAUUCCGCCAUCGAGCCGGAUAUGUCCACCUCCGGAUUGUUGAACGCCACGAACACUUCCAACUGUGAUCAGGUCGACAUGGAGCUGGAGCCGACCAACAAAAGUGCACCACCAACGCCACAUCCUCAGCCACCCCAGGUUCCGGUGCAGAAUGAGCCGGAGAAUCUAACUGUCGCUGCUACUCCCGCCAUCACUGCAGGACAGCAGCGAAGAGUGCCAAAAAUGGAAAUCCAUUCGCCUACCGGACAAGCUCCAAUUGGGGGAGGCUCUUUUUCCACGCCCAGAAGUGAAAAGGAGCCAGCGGGUCCAGCUAGACAACAAGACCAUCCGGUGGAUUUGAGCGGUUUAGAGCUACUGUCACACAGUAUUGAAGUUUUCCAAAAGAAAUCUUCGCUGAUCAAGAAAGAACCGAUCUCACCUCAGCUUCCAGCAGAUCCUCCGCUCAGUUUAGUGCCAUCAAUAGCCGCAACUCCAGCAGCUCCCCUCUGUCCGGAGCUACCCCAAUCUGCUGGCGGGUCGUGCCAGCUAGCACCAGCCAUGGUUCCACCGACCGUUCCCGAGGCGUUCCUUCGAACGGAUGAACCGAUGGGUGGACUGAAUCUGCUGUGUGCCCUCGCAGAACAGCGCUUCCAAGAGGAGGGUAUGUUCAAUAAAGAUUCUCCCGCCACAUCAAGCAGCUCGGGCAGUAGCAACAGUAGUGGCAGCAGCUACACAUCGACCAGCAGCUCCAGCAGUACGGCAUCGCCUCCCGCAUCGCCGCCGAACACCUGUGGGAAACCCAUUACCCAACAGGAGUUGCUGGGCGCCAGUAUCGCUACCCACGCCAAUCUGGCAACUCUGAACCCUUCCGGAGCGCACGGAAUGGAAUCAAAUUCUCGCAAGCGAAAGCACCACAAACAUUCCAAAGACUCAAACGGUAAAAAGUCGAGCAAAAAAUCGAAACACGAUAAGGAACAGCGGCGGGCGGAGAAGCGCCGUAAGCAAAACUCGGUGGGCGGUACGUCCCCCGAUGGAGAGGGGGCCGAUCUGGAUGCGGAGCUGAAGGAGAGUCUAACACGUGUAAAGGCAAAGCUGAACCGGUGCAGCUGUAAGGAUGGCGAUGAGAAGGAUCACCGAUGCUGCCGUACCCAGUGGCCAUCGGCGGACGAACUGUUCAGUGUGAUCGAGUCGGACAUGAAGGAGCGUCUGGAGCGGAUAACGCGACAGUGCGAGGAGAAAAAGCGCGAACUCGAACAGAUGAGUACGGCUACGGUGGCGAAGGUAAAACCGCUGGCCAACAACAGCAUGGUGCGCAUCCCGGAGAUGGGAAAAACGUUUUUCGGAGGAUUCGGAACCGUUGCGACUGCUGGCGGUAUGCUGAAUACGUUCGGUUCGGGAAGUGGUGUGCCCGGGUCCGUUCUUGGGCAUGGAUUGGGAGGGCCGAAGUUUAGUACGAUCCCGGCGCUAUCACCCAACUUUUCAUCCUCGUCUAAUUCUACCACCUUUGUGGAGUUGCCGAAGCUGAGCUCGGAUACGGAUUCGAGUGGCAAGCGGGAAGAUGAUGAUGCGUGCUCCAUGGAACGGUUGUCUUACUCGAAGCGCAAGGGAGGCAUUCCCAAGAAGCACGACGAGCUGACACUAACCGAGACGAUCGUCGCGAAAAAGCCCAAGAGUCUGGUCGGCUAUAUACUUGCGUCGAAGAAUACACGCGUCACGGAUAGCAACGUAAAGGAUGCGGCACAGCAGCAACAGAAGGUGGAGAAGCAACACCACAACCAUUGGAGCCAUGUGCUGCAUCAGAGCGGGACGAACGGAACCGCCGUCGGAUUGGGUCUGCCCAAACAGCACCAGCAGCAUCACAUCAGUGAAUCGAAGUUCAAGAAAUCGCCCAUCCAUUCAUCCAAGUUCGAGAGCACGACCAGUGACGACACUAGCAACCUUUCGGACAGCUCACUGAAGCCCCAGGUCAAGAUACGAUCACCCGCCGGCGGAGUGUUUGCGUUCGAGGACGAAAACAGCAAACCGUCGGAUGCGUCCUUCUCGAUCUUCGGUGGUAAACCGUCGAUCUUCGACAAGGUGAAGACGAACGCUACCGUGGGUCACCACCAUCACCACCACCAUCAGGUAGGUGGACUCGUCGGUCUAAAGGUGUCCCCGGUGAAAGCGGCCGUCGUGACACCGCUGAUGAAGCCACAGCCACAUUUGGUUGGAAACGGAGGAACGGGCACCAAUGGUAGCUUGGUCGGUAGUCCGGCGUUGAAGCGCAAGAAAUCACGCAGCAAGGACCGCAAACGGCGCAGCUCGGAAAAGAAACGCAUCGAUCAACGGUGUCUGUUGACUAGCGAGCAUCUCGGAAAGGACAAGACACGCGUGCUCACCGCCAUGGGUGGAUUGUUUUAUGCUGGAUGUCUGAGCGCGGUUCAACCGCCGGACAUUUACGCAGUAACGCUCGAUGGCGAACGUGGCAAUCGGCCCCAUAUUAUGUCCCGCGAGGAAGUGCUGCGCGAUGCGAUAUUGGAAGUAGCACCAAAGUCCGUAGAUGACAUCAUACCCGGGACGCGUCUGUGUGCGUACUGGAGUCAACAGUACCGUUGUCUGUAUCCGGGAGUUGCAGCCGAACCCGCCUCACCAGAUCCGGAAAAACGCUUCGUGAACGUCGAGUUUGACGAUGGCGAUAAUGGGAAGAUCGCACUCGAGGACAUCCGCUUCCUAAUGAGCGACUACCCAAUAGUCGAAUACGAUCCCAAUCCUCUUUUAUCGCUAGGCAAGCGUAAGCGCCAGCCAAGCCAUUCCGAACCGUGUCCCCAGAUCGGAACGCUCGGUCCGGCUUCUUCGAUGGCGUCGCUCGGGACCAUCAGUCAACCGGUCUCGCACGCCCAACCAUCCGCCACCCCACUGACGGCCACCGUCACACCGAUGAUCUCUUCGUCGUCGCCGCUUGCGGGCGCGUCGACGAUCAACAGCUUCGCGCUAACGACGGAACGGGCCGAGAAGCGACUGCACGACGAAGCGUACCGAGAGGAGCGUCGUCGGUUGAAGAAGAUACGCAAGGACAAACUGCGCCGGUUGGCGGCCAACAAUGCGGAACUGCAGGCUGCCGGUGGUGGCGGACCCGUCCACAAGCACAAAAAGUCCAAAUCGAAAUGUUACGACGAGUUGUGCAAACAUCGGAAGCAUAAGAAGCGACGAAAGCAUAAGAAGCAUCACCGGGAAGCGGUUCCUUCGUCGCCGGAAGGAACGGCUGCCGAUGCAACCGGUUCGAUGGACGAUGAUAUUUCCCAGGGUGACAGUGCAUCGCAGACGGCCGGACCAGUACAGCGCGAAGGCGACGCCACCUUUACGCCAGCGGCCGAGAAGGAGGACACACUAACGGAGGAGGAAGUCAGUUCCUCCGUAACGGAAAGCUCCGGAUCGUACUAUCAACCCCAAAAGAAGACUUCAGCCACGGAACGGAAACCAUCGACGGAGCAGAAUGGGAGCAAAAUUGCUGCCUUCCUGCCAGCGCGCCAGUUGUGGGCCUGGUGCGGCAAAGGCUAUCGUCGUUCGGCAGGUCGUGUGAAGAAACAGUUCUACAAAUCCAUCCAGCGCGGCAAAGAAACCAUUUCGGUGGGUGAUUCUGCCGUAUUUCUCUCGACGGGACGACCGGAUCGACCAUACAUCGGACACAUCGAAUCGAUGUGGGAAACGUCCACCAACAACAUGGUGGUACGGGUCAAAUGGUUUUACCAUCCGGAAGAGACACAAGAUUGUCCCAAUCUCAAAUAUCCCGGAGCACUGUUUCAAUCACCACAUGAGGACGAAAACGAUGUGCAAACGAUAUCGCACAAGUGUGAGGUAUUGGGGCUGAGGGAAUAUACCGCCAAGUUCGGUGCCGAACCGAAGCAGUACACCUCGAUAUACGAUAACAAUGAUACCUACUAUCUGGCCGGGUACUAUGAUCCGACGGUGAUGACAAUCAAAAUGCAGCCGGAGAUCGAAGUAUUGCCCCCGAACGAACGGUGGGUAACUUCAACUACGGGAACGACAGCCAUGGCGACUACUACGACAACGGCUGCGCCCUCUACAAAAGCGACCACAACGGCAGGCUUAACAGUGAAGUCAAACGCUAGUAGCAUCAGCAGCAACGGUAACACCAAAGCAAGCAAUAACGUCGUUCCCGGCCCCAGUGUCGUGUCUGCUUGA